AUGGGAUACUCAGAUUCCAGUCCUUUUUCCCCUCACCAUUCUGAUCAUCCUAACCUUGUUCUUGUCUCCACCAAAUUAAAUGGAGACAAUUAUACCACCUGGGCACGCGGCAUGGAGAUCUCUUUGAGCGCCAAGAACAAACUUGGCUUUAUUCAUGGUACCAUUGGGGAACCGUCCUCCUCCACGGACCCUGAUAAACACGCUGCCUGGCGCCGCUGCAACGAUAUGAUUCUUUCUUGGCUUCUCCAUUCUUUGGAGCCUGACCUUGCCGAGUCCGUCCUUUUUUCCACCACUGCCAAAGCUGUUUGGGACGACCUCCGUGAACGGUUUUCCCAAAGCAACGCUCCUCGCAUCUUUCAACUCAACCGUGCAAUUGCCACCAUCUCCCAAGGGACUUCUUCUGUUUCUGCCUAUUUCACUCGUCUCAAAGGCCUUUGGGACGAACUUGCCUCGUACAACGAACCCUGCACUUGUUCUUCAGGCACCAAGAACGACAGAAAGCAGCUUAUGCAGUUUCUCAUGGGGCUUAACGAGUCUUUUUCUGCCGUUCGUGAUCAAAUCCUCUUGAUGAGCCCCCUGCCCACCGUUCGCCAUGCCUGUUCCUCCGUGUCUCAGGCCGAGAAGCAACGUUCGAUGGGUUCUCCCCGUUCCGUCGACCAAUCUGCUGCAGCCAUGGCGGUCCGUGGAUCGUCCCGUGCUUCCUCCGACCGUCCUCCUCUUCACUGCACCUAUUGCAACUACGAUUUUCACACCCGUGACAAUUGCCACAAGCUUCAUGGUUACCCUGUUGGUCAUCCUCUCCAUGGCCAGCCGUGGAGGCCACCCCGUCGCUCUACCUCUGCUGGUUCUUCACGCAACAAUGGUGCUGGUUCUUCACGCAGCAAUGGUGCUGCCCCUUCUGCCCGUAACCUCCCAUGCUGCUCAUCCUUGGCCCACUACCAGCCCUCCUUCAGGUCACCACGUGCAAGGGCAGCCCCACGCUGCAUGAUGUCCAGAUUGCUAUGCCCCAUCUCUCAGCCGACCAACACUCCCGAGUUCUUGCUGCCCUCAGUGACGGUGCCCAGCCUCCUUCCUCUCCUCAGGCUCAUGCUGUUUUUGGUGAGGAUUUUACCAAAGGUUUGUUUUCCCGUAGCUUCUCGUCUUGGUCAAUGGAUCCUUGACAGUGGCGCUACGGAUCAUAUUACCUCUUCCGCCUCGUGUUUGGUUAAUACUUCUGCUUCGCAUUUGCCACCUGUUUCUUUGCCCAGUGGUGCUACCGCCCCUAUUACUUCCACUGGCACUCUUCAUUUAAAUUCCUCUGUUUUUUUGAAGGAUGUUUUAUGCGUCCCUACUUUUAAAGUGGACCUUUUAUCGGUUGGUAAGCUUACAGAUGGAUUAUCGUGUUCCGUAACAUUCUUUCCCUCUUGGUGUGUUUUGCAGGACUUGGUUUCGAAGGCGACGAUUGGUGUGGGUAAGCGACGUGGUGACCUAUAUUAUCUUGUGGCUCUUGCCUCCUCCAUCCCAUCCAGUCACCCCCUCUGCAAUGUCAUCACCAUCCCGUCUUCCCUGUGGCAUAGGCGCCUUGGUCAUCCUUCCCUCCUCGUUUGCAAGCUUUAG